AUGCGCUCCCCUGCUGGGCCGGCUGCUGACUUCGGCGGGCCUCUUUGCUUACCUGCUAAUAGAAUCCCGUCUCCGCUGCCCGCGGGGGGAAGCGCUGACGCCCCCUCUCCUCCGAUGCCCCGCUGUUUUCGGGGGAGGGGGCCUCCAUUCCCCCCCCCCCGGCCGUGCAGAGCCGGGGCGGGGGCCUCCCCGGACGCUCCUGGGCAGCUGGGCCGCCGUCUGAGGUCGGGCUCCUCCCGGGCUCGCUCUCCGCCGCCGCCCCGCCCCCCGCAGUCCACGUGCCCUGCUGCUGCUGCAGGCCGGCGGCGGCGGAAGCGCGGGGGAGGCGGCGGCGGCGCGGCGGGGCCUGCUUGGCCGUCCUUCGGGGCGCUGGAGCGGCUGAGCGGGGCGGCGCGGACGAGCGCGGGGCUGGCCGGGCUGCCCGAGGCGGAAGGUGAGGCGGCCGCGGCUCUGGCCGGCUGGCUGGGCGCCGUCAAGGAUGCGCUGGACGAGCUGCAGCAGGCGCUGGCAGGAAGCAGAGAUCCCCGCUGGGACGUCCUGGAGGAGGAAGAGGCGGCUUCCAGGGGGAACAGUGAUGUCCGCUGGUCGGAGGUCGACCGUCAGCUGCUGGGCCCCUGCCUGGGGCUGGUGAAGGCGGCCAAAGCGUGCCUGAAGAAGUUGUUGGGGGCUGUGAAAGGCUGGGGCGCAGCGGACUCUGCAGAGCAGGUGGCUCAGCUGGAAGACCUCAAGGAUGCCGCAAGUGGCAUCAGCCCCAGCGUGGAUGAGUUGGUGCUCAGCACGUACCCACCGGUGAACCAGCUAACUCUGCGGCUGAACGCUGCCAAGCUGGCUGCGGUGCUAAAGGAGACGCUGGAGAUUGCCCGGGCCAGCUGUGUUUGCGCUCCCUCCGAAGAGAGCUGGGUGCAGUUCCUCGCUGGGGCCGUUGACCACAACAUGGAGAAGAUCAAGGGCUUCACCCAAGGGGAAUACGGAGUCCGCCUCCUUUGCUUCCGCUAUCAUAAAGCGUCCUGCUGAUGUCUAAGACCAACCCUGCAAUGCCUGCUAAGUCUUGAGCCCGGUCAGCCCUCACGGGGCGUGUCCUGCCUGCAUAUUUUGGCAAGAGGUGCAGAUAUCCCGCUGCCAGGUGGAUUUCCAACCUUUCCUUCCUGAAUGGGCACCUGAAAAGUGUAGUUGUCCAACCGCUCAGGAGCCUCCACGUGGCCUCGUCCCUCCCCAGAACAGACACCUUGAGAGAACCAUCCAUCUGAAGGAGAAAGCCGUGGAGGAGCCGGACUCCUGCAUUUUACACCCCUCAAGGGCCGCUCUGCUGCUCGGCUGCUUCCAGGGGCAUCCCCUCUUCCUCCAGCCUCCUCCUGCCGGGGACUGAGGCAUCGAUGGCUGGAACAAAGCGUGCACGGUCUGUACCGCAGCAGGAGCACGCAAAACAGGAUUGGGACCAGUGCUGUUGAGUUUGUAUCAGCAAUGAUCGGGAAUUGGGGGGUGAGCAAUAAAGCGGCAAAGUUUGCCGGUAGCACAA